AUGCUCAUUGACAAAGCCGACGUCUACAUUGAGAUCUGCCGUUCGGCAAGACUCCUGUCCCCGACUGUCCACGUGCGACAGGCUCUACUCCUCACGACUAACCGGGUUGGGCCCUUCGAUGACGCUUUCAUGUCACGGGUCAACAUCAUCAUUGGCUACAAAAACCUCGUCGAAAGCAGAUCUGCACUCAAUUCUCAAUUCCUCGACGAUCUCGACAACGAACGUGAUGACUUCAGAGUAAUGCGGGGGGCAAAGGACGAUUACGUCCUGCAGGAUGACAUGGAAAUGGGGGAGAGGUCCCCGAUGGUAAUCAUCCAUAAUGACCUCCCAAUUCCCUCCAGCAUCCAGGCGAGUCCAGGAACGAUCAGCCAACCCCCGAUCAGAAAGGACUUCGAGCAAGUACACUAGGCAAUGAUACUACUGAUGCAGCAAUUCAAGAUGAAAGCAGUAAUUCUCGUAUCAACGUCCACGAGGGGGAUUGGAUGUUGCAUUGCCAAGGCCAGCACCACGCCUUACCGAUAGGACGACCGGGGGGGCGACCCGGAACUACGGGCACAGCCGGCAAGGAGAGAGCGAUGACGCUAAGCUACAAGCGGCUUAGUGUUCCAAGUUUGCCAUUUAUGGAGCAGCAAGGGGGUGCAAGUGGAG